CCACAACUUCCAGGGGGCAGUUUGACAGAACAGAAACGACGGGGUGUGAAUUCGGACAGGGUUUCGUCUGACCAUGGGGCUGUACCAGCAAUGAAUACCAUGGGAACAGACAUGAGUCUUCACAUGCCCAUGGCUCAGGGCGCAGGCACCUCCAACGGGUCAGAGAAUCCAGGGGGGAUUCCAGGAAGACUCACAGGGCCUAGCCCUAGACAGGGCAAUGAUGGCACUUCGAACAAUCUAGAUUGGCAAAAUUUCUCACCACAUUGGGCAAGGCAGGUUUCAACUGCACAAGGAAUAGGAUGUAACAGAGAGGGAGAAGAACAGGGUACACAACGAAUGCAGGGUUUUCAGGGGCAAGCAGGAGGCCGUGUAGGUGAUGGGGGAGAGGGAAGAGGUGAGAGAAGAAGUGAGGGAGGGAGAGAAAGAGGAGGCAUUCAAGGAGGAGGGGGAGGGGGGAGCCAAGGUCCUAGGCAUGGGGGGAGAGGAGGAGGAAGGAACGGAGGGGGAGGAAAGAGGAAGCAGGUGCAGCAGAAGAAAGAAGCGGGUGGGGGGAAGAAUCGGAUGUACCCUCCCCAUGUGGAUUGGUGGCCAGUGGAAAAUCUUUCUGACGAAGAGGACAGCAUGGAAGGGAUAAUCACGGAAGGCGGUAGGGAAGGCGGACAAAGUGAUUGUGCAGAAGGAGGGCCGCAAGGUGGAGAAAACGGGAGUAAUGAAAAUGUGGUGGAAGAAGUUAGGCGUAUGCUUGAGAAAUGUUUCGACCGUAUGGUGAUUCUGGAUAUUCCUAAGUUCGCCAAGUUCAAAACGGAAGGGAACACAGUGAGUAUGUCACUUCCCCCUGUGGUGGAACAGACGCAGAUCGAAUGGAUGAAGGAGAACGCGGUGGUAGUUUUCUUUCAAGGCAAGUUUAAGUCAGUGUCAGCAGACAGGAAAGAGGAAUGUAUCAGAGGUUUUGAGGACUCCAUCCUCCCGCAUAAUGUUCAUCACAAGGACAGGGGGAGAGUUCAUCUGGAGGGUAGGAACGUGAUGUCCUACUUCCCACGGGACAAAAAAAAUGUUGACCUCAUGCUCAACAUUCAAAGCCACAAAAUCAAAAUCGACAAUACCACCUACAAGCUCACCUUCAAGAGAUGGACGACGCAAGGGGAGUUAGAGUCGGUGAGGAUGUUAGAGAACAUGGGGAUUAACAUAAAGCUACUCACCCCAUGCACAGUGGAUUCCAGUCCCUCUCAAGCGGUCAUGAUGGCUAAAGUCAAACACUACCUGGGAAUGAAUGCCCCGGUCAGGUCUAUCACGAGUAUUGGGACACGGAAAAUCAUUAGAAAUGGGAAAAAUGGCAACAAGGUCCAUCUGUUCCUAGCUACUUUCGACGUCCGUCCGAGCGAAAAUGAUCUUGCUCACUUGACAUCUCCGAAAGGAAUUUGGUGCCCCCUGGAGUGGAUCAAGAACGAAUCCUUGCUCCAUGCCAACAUGGUCUAUACCGCUGAAGGGAUAUCAGGUGAUGUUCUCAUAGAGUAUAACCAACAGCUUGUGGCCGAUUUCAACUUGUUUUCUGAAAUUUUCGACAGAAUGCUGUCGUCGCCUUGGCAGGGGAAAGGGGAUCAGGGGGACAAGGGUGAUAAGGGGGAAGAGAGGAAAAGGAAAACUAACCUGGGUUCCUCACACAACAGUAAGGAGAGUCUCGCAGCAGCAGCUGUUGCUCCCAAUGCCCUGAUUUCAGGGGAUGGGGAAACCAUCUCCAGGGACACCACCUCAAUUCUAGAAUAUGCAAGAUUGUAUUUUCUAGACAUCCUUACAUCCUCCAGGCCGAUUACCCCGGACUCGGGGGACAGGGAGUUGCAGGAGGAACUGUGGGCUUCCUUUGACACACGACUCCCAGCCCAUGGAAAACUUGAUCUUGAUCGUCCGAUUUCGCUCGAGGAACUGACGGUCACCCUGAAAGGCAUGAAAAAAGGAAAAUGCCCAGGUAGUGACGGACUGCCAGUGGAAUACUAUCAGUGUUUUUGGGAGAUUCUUGGCCCGGAACUUGUCACUAUUUUUGAUAAAGUCCUGGAGGGUCAGGACCUGGGUCAAGACAUGAGAAUGGGCAUUAUAUCACUAUUGUACAAGAAAGGGGAUAGGAGAAACAUCCUAAACUGGAGGCCUAUCUCGCUGCUGAACACCUCAUACAAGAUCUUAGCCAAGACCCUGGCAAACAGAUUGAAGAGGUACCUCGCUGGCAUGGUGGGGGUAGAACAGGCUGGCUUCGUCCGAGGCCGUAACAUUAUGAAUAACAUCAUGUUGGCGGUCGAGGCCCUUGAAACGAUGAGAGAUGAUCAGCCAGAAGUGAUAGCACUUUUGCUUGAUUUAGAAAAGGCAUAUGACAGGGUAAACUGGCAAUUUGUCCUGGACACACUGAAGCUGGCGGGGUUUGGGGAAUCCUUCUGUGUUUGGGUGAGGGCCUUAUACACUAAGGGGGUGGGUAGGGUCAUGGUAAAUGGGGAUAUCUCUGAGCCGUUUCAGCUAUCGAGAUCCUUGAGGCAAGGGUGCCCCCUUGCCCCUAUGCUAUUUGUGUUGCAAAUGGAGGUCCUCAUGUCCAUGAUUAGAAAGCAUCCCGGGAUUCGGGGGCUUCGUUUGGGAAAUGGCAAACAAUGCAAAGCCUCCGCCAUGGCGGAUGAUUUGUUCGCUUUGUCCAUCAACACCGAGGCUUCGUUAGGGGCCCUUAAAGAGUGUCUAGAUAAGUAUUCUAAAUUCUCAGAAGCUCUUGUAAAUUGGUCCAAGUCAGUGGCAGUCUUGAGGCAUGGUACAAGGAUGCCUGUGGAUUGGGGUUUGAAGUGCUUACCUGCCGAGGAUUGUGAGCGUUUCUUGGGUGUGCAGGUCGGAAUGCUGGACGGUAAGCUCCAUGCUAGCGCGUUGGUGGAAAAGAUGGUCAUCUCCAGGAUUGGUAAGGUUGAUUCAGUCAAAGGUUCCUCGAUCCUGGGAAGGACGCUGUUCCUUAAUACAUCAGUCUUUUCAUCUAUCUGGUACCCAGGGUCAAUCAAACAUUUGGAGAAGAAAGCCUACAACAGAAUCAGAUCCCUGGCCACAAGAUACCUGUGGAAAGGAUCCAAUGAUGAGGAAGUGGGGUAUAUCGCCAAGGUGGCUUGGAGAAAGAUAAUAGGUGGGAAGGAGGAUGGUGGUUUAGGUGUCUUAGACCCAGAGUCACAGGUAAAUGCAUUCCUGGCCAGGUGGGUGGUGUCUCUCCUGACGUCAGGGGAUGACCACCCCUGGGGGGAUCUAGCGUUUCGCAUCCUGCAGAAGGACUGGGGACUGUCUAGAUCAGAGGAUGUGUGCGUGGCGCUGCUCACUCCGUCCUUUGUUAAUAGCCCUGUUAAUUCCCCCGUUUGGAAAGGCAUCCUCGCAGCGUGGAAACGAGUAUUACCAUCCCAGAUAAAAGAGCCAGUCACUAGGGAGGAGAUACUCGCGCAACACAUUUUUGAGAACAAAUACAUUUUUAACCAUGAUGGACUUCCAUGGCCUGCAGGAGAUGGCCCGGGACAAUUCGGCAGGGCCUGGAUCCAGAGAGGUAUCUCUCGGAUCACUGACCUUUGGAACACGGAUCUGGGGCAUUGGAGAUCUCCAGUUGAUGUGAGAACUAGACUGCAUCAUCUGCAUGAGGUGCCGAGUAGAGUGACUGAAGUUAUCAAUAGCAUCCCUCAACGGUGGAAGGAUGUGCUAUGUAAUCCGGCCCCAGCAUACGAAGAUAGCUGGAUCAGAGGCAAAAGCUCGGAGGGUGCCGUGAGGAUCUGGAAAGUCCAAGGGUGUAUCAGCAACAGUGAAAUGGUGGUGAGGGCCGGGUCGCUCGAACAGACAAGCCAAGGAGCUCUCGUCUCUACUGACCAGUCAGAGGAGGAAGUCAUAGCUUUGGAGCCCUCAAUGGCGUCCAUCGUCAUCCAAACAAAGAAGAAAGGCAAGGAACAACCAAAGUUCCUCUGCCCAAUGGGGAUCUUACCGGCACAUAACCUGAAGGCUCUUCCGCUUGAUUGGGGCUGGCAGCUGUUAGAGCCAACUCGGUCGGUCCCUCUUCUAGAAUACAAGCCGAAUGUGGGGUACCGAGCUCAGGUAAAAACAUGGUCGGUCUCCCUUGAGGUCAAGAACAAAUGGACAAUGGAAGAUAAGGAAAGAGGACAACCCCUGGGCAAUAUUUCCUCAAGAGUACUGAGGAACCUGUGGAGAAGCUUGCGCAAAAUUCAUUCUGCUAAAUUUAGUAGCCUGGCUUGGUUACAAUCUCACAGGGCUGUCCCCACGGCUAAUUGGCUCAGCAGUAACGGGAUGCCAGUAGAAGUUAUUUGUUGCAGGUGCAGGAAGUCAGUGGAGACGGCCACCCACCUGUGGUGGGAAUGUAUCGAGUCAAAACGAAUCUGGAAGUGGUGGGCAGGGCUUUGGGCCAAACAUGUGGAAGAGCUGGUUCAGUGGGAUGAGAGGUUUGUGGUAGAAGGUAUCCUGUACAAUGCCAAGCAAGUAGGCAGGAGCUGGGUUCAUGUGGCCUCUGCUUGUAGGGCAGCAAUCAUGAACGUCAUCUGGACACUCAGAAAUGAUAGGCUCUUCAGGAACAAAUUUCACUCUGAUCUAGCCACUAUGAACAUGGUCCUCUCCAACAUUCGCUCCCUGAUAUGGGUGGAUUGGAGGAAGACCAAAAGAGUUCCAAAUCAGAAGGCCGCUCGAGGAGCGUUCUAUAAGACAUGGGGUCUCAAGAGAUCCGGACGGGUUCCGGACCGGUCUGGAUCUUCCGGAAUAUUCCGGUUUUCCGGAAGUCCAGAUGGGGCCGAGAAGUCCGGAGUCCGGGGUCCGGAUUCGGUCCGGUCCGGCGUAGCUAUGGUAGAAACUGCAGCAGCGGAAACUGAAGCAGUGGAAACUGGAGCAAUGGAGACUGCAUCAGUGGACACUGCAGCGGUGGAAACCGCAACAGUGGACACUGCAGCAGUGGAAACUGGAGCAGUGGAAACUGCAGUGGUGGAUACUGCAGCAGUGGAAACCGCAACAGUGGACACUGUAGCAGUGAAAACUGCAGGAGUGGAGACUCCAACAGUGGACACUGCAGGAGUGGAAACUGCGGUAGCAGCAGAUGAGUAAGUAGGGGCAGGACGAGAGCAUCAUGGGGGCGAAGAAGAAAUAGGAUGAUACAAGGACCAUCGCAACAUGCGUCGGAACCACUGAGA